UUGAAAAUCUGCCGAACGCCAUCCUCUCUUUCGUCAACGCUGUCGUCAAAUCCGAAUCGAAGCUCGGUUUUACCCCAUAAAAUCCAGUUCAUCCUUCAAUCAAAAACCUUACAUUUCCGGUGCAAAAAUGGCUUCCAUCUACAGCUGUAGGGAGUGCGGAACCGACCUGAACCUAAGAACAACCCAUUUAUUCCCUCCAGAUUGCUACUUCGAGGCGGGAAACAAGGGCACCCUUUCUUUCGCCAUGGUCGACGAGACCAAGUUCAACUUCGAGAAAGAAGAUAAGCUCAGGCCUUUUUUCGAGACCAUUGAUUACUGGGGAAUCCAACGGAACCGAACCAAGAUCAAGUGCAACGGCUGUGGUAAACUCGUGGGUCAUAUUUAUGAUGACGGCCUUCCUCUCACGGAUAGUCCCGGUCAGUGGCAUUUUGGGCCGAGUCAGGUGAUCCCCAGAGCCCCGAGGUAUCGGUUCAAGACCAAAGCGCUUAAGAUCACGACUGAAACUUGAAGAAUUUUUCGAAGAUCAAAGUUUUGGGGUUUUGUGUAUAUUUAUGAACUUGGGUUUCUCUAUUCAAUGAAUAAAGGAUAUUUU